CCUGGAAGCUCAGGCUGGGCCCCACUUGACGUCCAGACCGCAGGGCAAAGCGGGACCGAGCACAGACCACAAGCCUAAAAUGCACAGGCGAGGAGGACCUGGUCUUGGCCGUUAAGGUUCCCCAAGCAUAUCCGGAUAGGGCAGACUAGGCCUUGAUUAGGGCGGAGGGUAGAUUUUCCGGCAACCCAAGCGAAUUUCGGCUCCGCACACAGUCAAUUUUGGUGAAAUUUCGCAUCUUCCGCAACUUCACACACAACCCACCCACGUCGACCCAUCAACUCGAUCAGUCGCGACAAUGGAUUCCUCUAAGGCCCCCGUCAAGCUCGUCAAGGUCACCCGCGUCCUCGGCCGUACCGGCUCUCGCGGUGGUGUUACCCAGGUCCGCGUCGAGUUCAUGGACGACCAGACCCGCUCCAUCAUCCGUAACGUCAAGGGCCCUGUCCGUGAGGACGACAUCCUUGUCCUUCUCGAGUCCGAGCGUGAGGCCCGCCGUCUCCGUUAAGAAGUUCGAUGUGACGAAAAAGGGAGGAAUGAGAAUUACAGCGCUACCUCGGUUUUGGCCUGUCUCGACGAGGAACGAUUUCAUCAUGACUUGCGGCCAGGGAAUUACGGAACAUUCUGGGUUGGGAGUUCGGUAGAACGGCAUUGCCAUGAUUAUUUCCUCCCCAAAAAUCUGCUCGGCGCAGACGUUGCAUUGAUUCUGGACCGCUCCAUUUCGCUGCAAUCGUGUUCUCUCGUGAAGGAAAAUGGGUGAUGCACUUUGGGACAUCCGUUUGGGGGCUUAGGAGGACGGAGGUUUCCAGCACAACACAACACAACUUCGGUCGGGCAUGGACUUGGGGACCUCUACGGGCAGCUCUCUACCUCGAAGA